GCCAAGUGCUAGCCACUGCUAGACCAGAGCAGCAGGAAACGCUUUUUUCCUUACCGUGUUUUAGAAAAUCCAACAAAAUUUCACACUUUGGAGUAAAUCUGUUUUACGUUAAGCAGCCAGCGGAGAUUUUUCCCCCGCCAACGCAGGCCAUUAAAGCCAUUAGUCCGCCCGUGCCACAGCCACCCGCCACCAUACCAACCAAAAAACUUGUCAUGGUGACGAGAACGAAGAAAAUAUUUGUGGGUGGCCUAUCGGCGCCCACAACACUGGAAGACGUCAAAAGCUAUUUCGAACAAUUUGGUCCGAUUGAAGAUGCUAUGCUUAUGUUUGAUAAGCAAACAAAUCGACACAGAGGUUUUGGCUUCGUUACAUUUCAAAGUGAAGAUGUAGUAGAUAAAGUUUGUGAAAUCCAUUUCCAUGAGAUAAAUAAUAAAAUGGUCGAAUGCAAGAAGGCCCAACCCAAAGAAGUUAUGUUACCGGCAAAUUUGGCUAAAACUCGUGCUGCUGGCCGUUCAGCUUACGACAAUAUUAUGUGGGGCCUGGGGACAUUACCUGAAGGCUUUCCAGCGGCUGCUUAUGCUGCCUAUGCUGCUGGUCGUGGAUAUUCGGGUUACCCCAGCUUUGGUUUGCCCUAUCCAACUGUGGAUUUGAGUAAUGGCCAGCUAACGCCAAACAAUAACACACCGUUACUUACUCAAGCUUUAUCGGUAAUGAACAAUUAUCAGGCCGCUGCUGCAGCUGCUCAUAGUUUUGCCGCCCCCUCGGCAUCGCCACACACAACUACAACACGACAGGGGUUUCCCUCCACCAAUUCUCCGGUGCCCGCCAUUGAUAUGUACAGUUCAACGGCCGCCGAUAAUGUUGGCUAUGUACAGGCCACCAGUCCCCAGCCAUCAGGGUUCCCCAUAGCCGUGAGUCGAGCUCCCCUCAACUAUAGUCCGAUCUAUUCGUUGAACUUUGCGAUGGCUAAUAUAUAAGACUGAAAUCCUAAAGCAGUUGCACAAGGGACCACUAAUUCCUGCGGCAUUUACAAAUGGUUACCAUUAAGUGGAGGCAUCGACCGCAACAAAUAAAAAUAAAACAUUAAAUUUUCUGUUAAACAGCAACAAUGACAUGGCCAUGGCU